AUGAGAUUUUCUUGUUUUCGAUUACAAGUUCAGCUUAGAGUAUUAGCUAAGUUCCUGUUGGAAAGAAAAAUAUCACUGAUAAGACUCAUUCAACUUUCACUUUGUGAACAUGUCUCGUUGGUGAAAAAAGAGUUUAUAAAAUCUCUUGCACAUGUCACCACUUCAUAUGUAACAUGUCGAAAAAAAAGUUGA